ACCACUCUUCCCCAAUAGUAUCCUGAUCAACCAUGCCUUUGAACUAUUCCAAGUGGGAUCAGCUCGAGCUCUCCGACGACUCUGACAUCGAGGGCCACCCCAAUGUCGACAAACGUUCUCUGAUCCGAUGGAAGCAGCGCGACAUUCACGAGAAGCGCGACCAGCGCAACGCGCGGAUCGCCUACCUCGAAGCCGAGAUCGCAUGCGACGACGUCCUGCUCGCGCGGCUCCGCGCGCUCAGCGUCGAGCUCGCGCAGGGCGGCGGCGCGCCGCGCUUCUCCGCAGAGGUCGAGCGCCUACGCACGAACCCGUCGCCCGAGGCGCCCAAGUCGAACGCGCCGAAGCCCGUCUCGUACGACGCCAUGAUCCUGAAUCUCCUCGAGCAGGUCGCCGCGCAGGCCAGGGAGAAGGCCGCGGGCGAUCAGGAGAAGCUCGGCCGGCUUUUGGAGGACGGCGUGGGCGGUCAUGUGCAGAAGCUCGGGGAGGAGAUCGCGAAGCUGAAAAAGGAGCUGGACGAGCUAUACAAGGAGAAGACGAAGCAUAUCACGACGGAGGACAUCCAUGAAGGUUUUGACUCGAAGUACGUUCCAGCUGCCCCUGCUCCCGAGCCCGUAGUCAAGUCCAAGGCCACGACCAAAACACAAACCAAAACCAACAUCGAAGUUCUGAACCCUGCAGCGUCCUCCUCUCCACCCAUCCCAUCCACGACCACACCAGACACCGACGAGCUUGACGAGCCUGACGACGAGCUGCCGGAGAUGACGCCCGCGCUCGAGGCGUUCGCGCAACUCCCACUGUGGGACUUUGAGGCGUCGUGGGCGUUUAUCCAGGGCCACCGCGAGGUGGUCGUGAAUGGCGCGUCUGACGCGCUCCUUCUCGCGGCAUUCAGAAACCAGACCGACGGCAAGACAAAGCUCGCGAAGCAGUGCGUGCACCAGAGCUUGUUGCUGCAAUACGGCGACAAGCUCGGCACGGAUGGGCUCCGCCUAUUCUUCCAACGGAUGAUUCAAGGAGGACAGGCCGCGCACGCGAUCUUCCGAAAGGACGUCGAGGACACGUAUGCGCACAUCCAGCGGCGCGUCGAGGCGACCCGCGCGGAGGAGGACACGACAGGCGCCGAGCAGAUCCAGCUCGUUGCGGAGAAUCCAGAGACGUCGAUCUCGUUCAAUGUACCGGACGGGCCGCCGCCGGAGAACAUCACGCUCGAGGGCCCCGGGACGGAGGGCAUGGAUAUCGAAGACGUGCGGCGCGCGCUGCAGAUGCGCUGGGACCUGUUCAGCGCGCUGUCCCCCGACCUCCAGGAAGCGCUCAAGGGCGGCGAGCUCGAGGGAGUGAAUCGCGUGCUUGGGAAGAUGCCCGUGCCGGAGGCCGAGGAGGCGGUGAAGAUGAUGGAUAUGGGAGGCAUCUUGAAUUUUGCGGAAGAGGGGAUCAGAGACUUGACGGGGAAUGCGCAGGAAGAGGAGGAUGAGGAUGAGGAUGAGGAUGAGGAUGAAGCAAAUUACGAUGAUCCGAGUGAAGGGGAUGUCAAGGGAAAAGGAAAAGCGCGAGCGUAGAUUUGAUGGAGUGGGUUGAGCAGUCUUCCUUAUUAAAUGCCUCUUAUAUCCCCCCCUUUGUAUCAUGACUUGAAUGCCUUGCAAUUUGUAUCGUUGCCUGUUCUACUACUGCGUCGAAUCAAUGAACCUAAAUUCUCUGUAUGAAUAGGGCUUGUUUGCUCGCCGCACAGCGUCCUUCCACCAUGCAAGAGCCUCUCGACGUCGCGUCCCAUAAGGUAUCAUUUGACGUAUGCAUCGAACCAAACCUUUUGUUGACGAGGGAAUCCUAGAGGCGAAACUCGAAGCAGCCCUUGUAUAGUACGCAAUUCAACACCUAUGUCACCACCCACGCUAGCCCACAAUCAGUGCGCCGGCUCGACGUGGCCCUCAUGCUUCUCCCCCUUGUGCUCCACAUCGACGUCCCCAAUAUCCGACCCAUCGUCUCCCAUCCUGCUGAACACAAAAUCAGACGCCAGCCGCGCGCUGUAUUCCCUUCUGAGCCGCUCGUCCCCGAUCCCUGCAACGUCCUCGCGCACGCUCUGCAGAGUGCUCAAGAUCUCGCCCAGGUCGAACCCGGCCCCGAGGCGUGGGACGUCGCGUGGGAGGUGUAUUUCCGGCACCGAGGGCCUCGAGGCGGGAUCGAACGAGGCAGGGAAGUCGAAUGACGGGGGAUUAUGACUGUCAUCGCUUGGGAAAUCCUGCGAGCGGCUUUCAGUAAAGUCUGAAAGGGCAUCGUACCCUUCGGUGUCAGUGUCCGCGAAGGUGGCCAUGGUAGACAACGCGUCGUCGUCC